AUUACGUGUCGUGGCGUCGGCGUCUGACGUAUCCAUUCCGCGACACAGGUGGCGUUACACAGGAGUUCCGUGAUAAGUGCAGCCGUAGCCGGUUUUGCUUGUGUUUACCUGGUACUCCGGCAGUUUGUACAGUUUUUUCACCAUGGCAGAACAGGCGCAGAACAUUAGUGCUAUUCCAACUGAUGCAAUCAGCAACAUAAAAAUCACGUCGGUUUGGACUUUUCUGCUUUCUAUCCAGUGGUCUGAAUCCUGGUUGAUCGGGUUGGGCUUGUUCCACACGCUCUGUUUCGCUGUAACUCUGGUGACGUUGCGGUUUUAUCGGGCGCAGGUGUGUCACUUCCUUCUUAUGGUGGGGAUGGUGUACUCUGCAGAGUACAUUAAUGAAGUUGCUGCUUUGAACUGGAGAUUGUUCUCCAAAUAUCAGUACUUUGAUUCCAAAGGAAUGUUCAUCUCGCUGGUGUUCUCUGCUCCUCUGCUGUGCAACACUGUUAUUAUUGUGAUGGUCUGGGUUUAUAGGACGUUUGCGACAAUGACUGAGUUGAAAUCUCUGCAAGUAAAACGGAAGGCAGCAAGGACAAAGAGAAAAACAGAAUGAAGAUCAAACAGUUUCACACGCCUGUAUAUCAGUAACAGUCCCAGAAUUACACACCAGAAUACCAGUAACAGUCCCAGCAUUACACACCAGAAUAUCAGUAACAGUCCCAGCAUUACACACCAGAAUAUCAGUAACAGUCCCAGCAUUACACACCAGAAUAUCAGUAACAGUCCCAGCAUUACACACCAGAAUAUCAGUAACAGUCCCAGCAUUACAUGCAUGUAUAUCAGUAACAGUCCCAGCAUUACAUGCAUGUAUAUCAGUAACAUUCCCAGAAUGACACGCCUGUAUAUCAGUAACAUUUCCAACACUACAUGGAUGCAGCACUAGCCUCGUACUUUCAGACCCUGCCGGUAUGAAUGGUAAGGGUCACGGUGGAUAACUGCAUAGAAACAAUGUGCACAGCUUGUGUUUGCUUGAAACAUUAAUAUACUUGAAAGGUGAGAUUUGGACCUGUCCUUUAAUGGACGGAGUCACUCAUAAUUGUGAUUUGUGUUCCUCAGCAAAGAUGACUGCUUUUUUUGUGUUUACAUGAAAGUCUAAUCUUAAUGUGUUGGUACUGUCUUGAUUAUGUGUUUCUUUUUCUGAAAUGCCAAAUGCACAAAUUGUCAGUUGUCUGUUACAACCUUUUUACCAAGAGGUAUGUAGUUUCUCUAUUUCUCUAUCAGGAUGCAGGUAUCUGUAAAGAUUCUUUUAAAUCAAGUAUUGUCCUUUACUAAAACAAACAUGUAAUUUUGUACAGGUGUGUGUUUGCGCAUGUUUGUAUUAUAUACGGAGUGUGACGGAGUGUGGCACAGUGGGUAAGGAACUGCGCUUGUAACCGAAAGGUCGCAGGUUCGAUUCCAGAGUAAGGACACUGCCGUUGUACCCUUGAGCAAGGUACUUAACCUGCAUUGCUUCAGUAUAUAUCCAGCUGUAUAAAUGGAUACAAUGUAAAGUGCUAUGUAAAAAGUUGUGUAAGUCGCUCUGGAUAAGAGCGUCUGCUAAAUGCCUGUAAUGUAAUGUAAUGUAAUAUAUAAAAUCUUUCAUUUUCAGUAUUAAUUCCUUUGGCCACAUGGUGGUGCUGUUGUGUUUGAUUAUUGGAGUGAGUCUCCAUGUCUUGCUGUGUCUGAAGUUGCUUGCGUAGCAGGUAGCCUGACACAGAGAACUCUCCCAUAUGCUGAUGGGACUUUCCAAACCUUGUAGGAGGAAAAGCAAAUGUAGUUCAUGUGAACAGCGGAGCACCUAUAAUAUGACAUAUAACAUAUUAAGUGUGUUUGUUUAGCAGGUGCCUUUUCAUACACAGAGCAGUCUGUUCACCUGGACAUUUAUAAUGGCAAACCUGUUCACCAUGGCAUUUGUAACAAUAAACAUGUUCACCAGGGCAUUUUUAACUGCAAA